ACGGAAAAAACAGGAAUUUACUGGUGGGUUUCUCAACAUGGACAUGGACGUCCCGGAUUCCUCGCAUGGGAAUAUGGGGCUGUUAAGGACCUUUGACUCCUCUGAGUUUGGCAGCUGGGAGAAAAUAGGCUCAGGUGGAUUUGGACAAGUAUACAAAGUCCGGCACGUACAGUGGAAAACAUGGCUGGCUAUUAAGUGCCCUCCCUGCCUUCAUGUGGAUGACAAGGAGCUUCUGGAGCUGCUCGAGGAGGCCAAGAAGAUGGAGGCGGCCAAGUUCCGAUACAUCCUGCCUGUGUACGGGAUCUGCGAGGACCCCCAGGGCCUGGUCAUGGAGUACAUGGAGACCGGCUCCUUGGAGACCCUGCUGGCCACCGAGCCGCUGCCCUGGGAGCUCCGCUUCCGCAUCAUCCACGAGACUGCAGUGGGAAUGAACUUCCUGCACUGCAUGAGCCCACCGCUGCUCCACCUGGACCUGAAGCCGGCCAACAUCCUGCUGGAUGCUCACUAUCAUGUCAAGAUAUCUGAUUUUGGUCUGGCCCGGUGGAACGGUCUGUCACGGGCCGACGACAUCAGCAGAGACGGUUUCUGCGGCACCAUUGCCUACCUGCCACCCGAGAGCAUCAUAGAGAAGGACAGAGUGUCGGACACCAAGCAUGACGUAUACAGUUUCUCCAUCGUGAUCUGGGGGAUUCUCACACAGAAGAAACCCUACCAAGGAGAGAACAAUAUCCUGCAGAUUAUGGUGAAGGUGGUGAAAGGGGUGCGUCCUGACCUGGGAGCAGUGCCACGAUGUCGACCUUCAGCCUGCACCGGCUUCCUGAGCCUCAUGCAGCGCUGCUGGGCCACAAACCCUGCAGCCAGACCCAGCUUCCAGGAAAUCACAUCUGAAGCUGAGGAGCUCUGCUCUAAACCUCAAGAGGAGCCCAAGACACCAACCUUAUCGACAUCAGAGCCAGAACCCACAUCCCCAAACGCACUCAGCAGUAACCAGGGUAAUGACAACAAACCGGUACGUCCAAAAUCAGCCAUGUUGCCAGAAAAAGACUACAGUCUGUCAGAGUUGCUGAGCCAGGUGGAUUCUGGGAUCUCCAGGAGCUUUGAUCGGGUGAAGGAGGAUAGCUGCCACAGCAAAGAGAACACAUGCAAGAGACUGUCGGGCAUCUCCUCUGCAGAUUCAGCCUUUUCCUCUCAAGACUCCAUCACGCUGUCUUUUGAGAAAGAAAGUACAUACGAUUCUGCAGAAAUCCAGAAGCGAAAGCUGUGUGAGGCCAUCAGGACCAAAGAUACUGCCAAGCUGAUGAAGAUCCUCCAGCCUCAGGACGUCGACCUUCUCCUGGAUGGAGGAGGCAGCCUGCUGCACCAUGCCAUCACCUUGGCUAAUGAGGAGGCUGUCAAGUUCCUCCUCCUGAACAAUGCCAAUCCCAACCUUGCAAACGCUCGAGGCUCCACCCCCCUCCACCUGGCCACAGAGAAGCACCUGAAGCCGCUGGCAGAGGUUCUGCUUGGUCGGCGCAGCACCAAUGUGAACGCCAAAGACGAGGACCAGUACACGGCUUUGCACUGGGCAGCUCAGAAUGGGGACGAGGCCAUCACACGCCUGCUGCUGGACCGGGGGGCGGCCAUCAACGAAACCGACGGUCAGGGACGCACGCCGGCUCACGUGGCCUGCCAGCACGGCCAGGAGAAUGUGAUCCGGGUGCUGCUGAGCCGCGGUGUUGAUGUUCGAAUCAAGGGCAAGGACAACUGGACGGCGCUUCACUUUGCUGCCUGGCAAGGGCACCUGGGCAUCGUCAAGCUGCUGAUCAAGCAGGCCGGUGCCGACUUGGACGGCCAAACGACAGAUGGCCGCACGCCGCUGCAUCUGGCGUCCCAGAGGGGGCAGUAUCGAGUGGCCCGGAUCCUGAUUGAGCUCGGGGCAGAUGUCCACAUGACAUCCGCCGGGCUAAACACACCGCUACACGUGGCGGCACAAACGGGUCACACCAGCACCUCUCGCCUCUUGAUCAAACACCAGGCAGACAUCCACGCCCAGAACACCCAAGGACUCACCCCCCUCCACCUUGCCUCCCAGCGGGGCCACCUGGCCACGGUCAAGAUGUUGAUAGAAGAGGGGGCCGACCCCUACAGAGCCACCCAGGCCCUACGCACCCCCUGCCACAUGGCGGCAGAGGGCGGACACUGUGAAGUCCUGAAGGAGUUGCUCCUUCACUGUCCGGACGGCGGCACCCUGUCGGACGAGCAGGGCCUCAGUCCGCUACACCUGGCGGUGCAGGGCGGCUACUCGAACGUCAUCACGCUGCUGCUGCCACAGGACUGCCAGGACUUAGCUACAGAGAGCUCAGUGCAACCAGCAGCCGAGGAGCCUGCACCACCAGAGGCUCGGCAGCUCCAGAGGAAAGUUGUAAUUCUUAAACUGACUGAGCACAACAACAAAGACUGCCCACAACCCACCAGCUCACAUUGUUCUUCGGCACCAUGCUAACAAGAGCAAAGACAAAACUGUACACAGCUAUCUUUCGUGGGGUUUUCUUUCCACUCCUCUGCUGCCCCAAGAGUUGAGUUGGUUCCUCCAGUCUUCUAGUCUUUUGGACUUCAAAGCCCGUUGAAUGCUGUAGGUACUUCCUAAUAGUUAGAAAAGCUUGGAUGUAAAUAUGUACACUGUAAAUAGAAAGUAUAAAUACUCCAUUGCCUCUGAAUUUAGGCUUUUGUUUACUUUUUUACUUAACAAGCAUUUUUUUUUUUUUUACGUAACAAGCACAUGUUGUGUCUGGAGGUUUAAUUUGGUGCGUCCUUCCGGGACCUUUCGCUGUACCACGCUGCAGCUGGUAUGCCUGUAAAUUAUAUUUAAUUGAGUAAAAACGUCAGUCACAAGCUGUAUUAGAUGAAUGCUGUAGUUCAUCAGAGCCAUUGUAUUUACAGAAAACGCUCAGUGUUCUGUACCUGUUACAUAUCGCUGCUACGGCAUCCAUUAAAACAUUUUAAACCUUU